CGGGGGGCGAAAAUGAAAUUGAGGCACCCUCCCAAACACUGACACACGCUGGAGACCUCUUGGCUUCCUUACUUGUUGUGUUUCACUCAUCGCUAGUACUGAAGUUCUUCACAAUGAAGGUCGAGAUCUGCUCGUACUCUCACUACCGUAUCCACCCCGGUCACGGCAAGCGCUAUGUCCGCCUGGACUCCCGCUCCUUCGUCUUCAUCACCCGCAAGGCUGAGAAGGCUUUCCUGAACAAGUGCAACCCCCGCCGCACUCGCUGGACUGUCAUCUACCGCCGCAUGAACAAGAAGGGUAUCUCUGAGGAGACUUCCCGCAAGCGCAACCGCAAGACCAAGAAGUUCUUCCGCGGUGUCGUCGGCGCCUCUGCCGAGGUCGUCCGCGCCAAGCGCAACCAGGCCCCCGAGCUCCGCGAGGCCCAGCGCAACGCCGCCAUCAAGGAGGCCAAGGAGAAGAGCCGCGCCCGCAAGGAGGCCCUCAAGGCCCAGGGUGCCGCUGCCUCCCAGCAGAAGACCUUCGCCAAGACUGUCCGCGCCCCCAAGUUCAUGGCCACCUCCCGCUAAGUGCGUGCGAGUGUGACACAUCUCCUUGUGUGGGGGGCGGCCGGGCGCGCGCGUGUGCGUGUGUGCGUGUGUGUGCGUAUCGCAUGCGCGCUCCUCCACGUCCGCACGCGCGCCCCGGCUGCCCGACUGUGCCCCGCAAAGGUGGGAGUGGUGUGUGUGUCGUGUGGUGUGGCGGGGGGGGGUCCCCCCCUCUCCCUCCCCUCUCCUCGCCCCGCGGCAAGAGCGCCGCCGCCGAUUCACUCUCCCAUCCCUCCCCCCGCACGGUGUGCUCUCGGUUUCUCUCGGGCGGAGCGGCGCCCGGAUGGAGGGGGGCCCCCAGUGCGCGCACGCUCUCGUGCUGCGGGGGCCCCUCCCUUCCCUCUCUCUCUCUCCCCCUUCGGAUUGCAGCGCGCUCUGUGGUGUGCAGUUGCAUCGUCAUCAUCUUGUCAAACAGCGAUAACUUUUCUCGAUA